AUGUGUGUAGCAUCUACUGUGGCCUCUUUGAAAAAUGCAUUGAUGUAGUUGAAAUUAAUUCAAUCGAUCCAACAUAUAUAUUGUUUUACUUCUCUCUGUGUCCUGGUAGUUUUACUUCUCUAAUAUCAGAGCUUGUUUUGUAAGUAUAUUGUUUUGUAAGCUGUACGGAAUUGGUGACAGUUAUUCUUUUCUGCAUAGGUUGAGCGUGUAGUUGCAUCAGCUCUUCUUUUCAUUAAUUAUUUCUUUUUUCAACUAUUGCUAGUGAUGGAUUCUAGAGUUCAAAAAAUUAGGAAGUUCAUGUUGCAAGAAGAGGAAGAUGACGAUGAACUCUUCUUAGUUUUGCUUCCUGCUCUAUACUCUUCUCUCUACGAGGAAAAGCGUCCAGUCCACACAUCUUCUUUAUCCGGUGCUCAGCUGGUUAAGGAAAUAUUAGAAGGACAUGAGAGUUGGUCUAAGGUUGAAUUCCGGAUGGAGCCUGAAAUUUUCAGAGCUGUCUCGGAUUAUCUUAAGAGAGAGCGUCUAUUGGAAGGCACAACAAGAGUAGAUGUUGAUGAGCAGUUGGGAAUGUUCAUGUAUAUGAUCUCCCACAAUGCUACCAAUCAAGAUUUGCAAAAAAAGUUUCAACAUAGUGCUGAAACAGUCCAUAGGAAGCUGAAUGAAAUUAUCAACUUGAUUCCACUUUUAGUCCAAAGAUUUGUGAAGGUUCCAACUUCUCUCCAGCCUCACCCGAAGAUAAUGUCCAACCCACGGUUCUGGCCUUACUUUCAGAAUUGCAUUGGGGCAAUCGAUGGAACACAUAUCCCCAUAACUAUUGCUGAAGAAUUAGCUGCACCAUAUAGGAAUAGAAAAGGAACCCUUUCUCAAAACAUGAUGGUCGCAUGUGACUUCGAUCUGAACUUCACAUUCAUUUCAUGCGGGUGGGAAGGGUCUGCAUCAGAUGCGGGAGUUCUUCGUUCUGCUAUCAGCAAGGGGUUUGAGGUGCCUGCUGGAAAGUUCUAUCUUGUAGAUGGUGGUUAUGGAAACACAUCCUCUUUUCUUGCCCCGUAUCCAGGAGUCCGGUACCAUCUCGGCGAAUUUAGGAGGCGUCGGCGUAAUGAAACUGGUUGGAUCACCAACCACCACUUAUUCCACCAGAAACGUAUGUUGACGUUCCGGAGGGAGAUGAUGCCCACCACCAAGAUGCCCACCACCAACAUCAAGCGGACUUAA